AUGUCUCAGCCCGUGCGUAAUGUGCGCACGUUCAUGUCUGCGCCUCCUAAACGCCAGUGUCAAGCGGUGCACGGUGUCAGAGCGAAGAGCGCGCCCCCCACACGCGCUCCUUGCCUCCGCUUAGACCCCUGCGCGUAUACAGGACACAGACUGUACACAGACUCGUGCGUAAAAUCCACCGGACCUCUGCGCUCGCCCCACGGUGCCAAAGAAAAGAGGACUCUCAAUUUAUCCAUCACCUCUGCUUUUACGCGCGUAAUUAAGGGACAUAUUCCACAUUAUACGUUGUCGCUCUUUCGCUUGUUGUUUCGGCUGGAUAGGAGGACGCACAAGAUGUCCAAAGAAGAGGCGACGCGCGCGUAA